GGUCGCGGGUGCUGGUGAGGGUCAUCUCCCGGCCGGGUGCAGAAAGAAUAAUCAACAAUGUCAGCACUAAACUGGAAGCCCUUUAUCUAUGGAGGAUUAGCAUCAAUCACUGCAGAAUGUGGUACUUUUCCCAUUGAUCUGACAAAAACACGUCUCCAGGUUCAAGGUCAAGUUAAUGAUGCCAAAUAUAAAGAGAUCCGCUACCGUGGAAUGAUGCAUGCACUAGUCAGAAUAAGCAGAGAAGAAGGAUUGAAAGCCUUAUACUCUGGGAUUGCACCUGCGAUGCUAAGGCAAGCUUCAUAUGGAACUAUAAAAAUAGGCACUUACCAGAGCUUAAAAAGAACAUUUGUUGAGCAUCCAGAAGAUGAAACCCUGAUGAUAAAUGUUCUAUGUGGUGUUCUUUCGGGAGUAAUCUCAUCAUCUAUUGCCAACCCUACAGAUGUCUUAAAGAUCAGAAUGCAAGCCCAAGGUAGUGUGAUUCAAGGAGGAAUGAUGGGUAACUUCAUACAGAUCUACCAAAAGGAAGGCACUAAAGGCUUAUGGAAGGGAGUAUCAUUGACAGCACAGAGAGCUGCUGUUGUUGUAGGAGUAGAACUGCCAGUGUAUGACCUUACCAAGAAGCACAUAAUUAUGUCUGGAUUUAUGGGAGAUACCGUAUAUACUCACUUCCUCUCAAGUUUUACUUGUGGGUUAGCUGGAGCCCUUGCAUCCAACCCAAUUGAUGUUGUAAGAACACGCAUGAUGAAUCAGAGGAGCCAACAGUAUGGGGGACACUCAAACUACAAGGGUACUUUGGACUGCUUAUUACAAACAUGGAAGAAUGAAGGCUUUUUUGCUCUAUAUAAGGGGUUUUGGCCAAACUGGUUAAGACUUGGUCCUUGGAAUAUCAUUUUCUUUCUAACAUAUGAACAGCUGAAAAAAUUAGACUGACAUGCUGAACUGUAUCCUGAAUUCUGUGAAUGUACUGUUUGAGUUUAAAGCAACUUGUAAGUUGUCUUGAGUAUUUACUCUCUGUUGUUGGAGAUGCUGGCCAGAGGAAGAGGUCACUGUAAGACUGUUGUGAAUGACAAGAACCUGGAAGUGGUUUCAAGGCUGACUGGCUCCUGUAACAACAGCUUGCUUAUGUGACUCUGUGGGUGAUGUGCACUGUUUUCUAGACAGAAUCAAAUAUGGUGGCAUUCCGUCUGUCAGCUGUGUAAGUUUACUUGAAUGUGAAGGUCUGUAAUACAGCUUUAUGCUGUUGAGACUUAGAUGCACAAUGUUUUUAAGAGGCAGAGAAAGAUAGGUAGUACCACAGAGCUGAGUUUCUCCUUCCAUAAGGGUAUGCAAUUUGACUGUGGUAGUUUCUAGUUUCAAAGUAACUAGAAGAUGCCUUUUCAGGCUUUCAGUUCAGUAAAAUACCUGCUGCAAGAUAAAAAUCUGCUUCUGGUUUUAGAGCUUUCCUGUGUUCUAAGACUUUAGAUGUUGGCAUAAGUUGCUGGAAAUGAUCCAGUUUCCUUUGAAAGCAUGGUUGCCACAACUGUCAGUUUGUAUAGCUGCAAGUGUUCUCCCAUAUAUUCUUGAUUUUUAUUUUUUUUUCAGCGUGAUUCUUCAAUGUAUGCAUAUGUAAAUUCACAAGUAGGAAUGAAGUUCAAGCAAGUCCAUGCUUAUCUGCAUGUCUUGCAGAGAAACUUUCUAUGCCUUUCCUGUUGUUGGGAAGAGCUAUUUGUAAUGGAUACUGGGUGUUAUGUAUCAUCUGAGAUACAAGUUUUACACUGAGCAGUUCUGGCUGUGUUAUAUAGGUGCCACAGGAAAAGAACCAGGCCCCUCCAAAGGUAAAUCCACAAUAAAGAUCAUUUUCCUUCUUUAAGAUAACACCCAAACCCAGAACUACUGAGUACAACUGUACAACAUACAUGCAAGUAAACACCAUGUAGAAAUCAACUACAACUGCCUUCAAGCAUUACCUUUUGCCUGAAAUGAGUAUCUUAAACUUCAGGACCAUUAACGAAACAAUAUAUUAAGGUUCUUAAAUGCUGCUGGUGAAGUCCAGGCAAGGAAACAUGCAAUAUGUCAGUCAUGGGAUGGUUCCUCUGUAUUUACAGAGGAUGGCAAAGUGGGAUGUAUAGCUUUGUAUUUUUGUAGCAUUGUGUGUAUCUCUUAAACAUUUUUGGUUAAUUGUACAUUCCACUUAAACUGUUAUGAGAAUAUAGUAAUUUUGAAGUCAUAAGAUCCACAAAUGGAUUUCUAAAUGCAGAAAGCACUUUCUUUCCUGAAGUACAAUGUUUUUCUAUGUGUGGUGUUAUGCUCUGUGCAGUGGUUUUCUGUACAGCUUUUCUGUGAUUUAAUUGUAGAAAUUUUUGUACACUAUGUAAGCUAAGUGUAUGGGUUUUGUAACCUUAUUACAAGUUUUCAAGUCAUUGUGU